ACAGUUUUAAUAAAAUGUAAUGUUUUCAGAAAUUUAUAUCAAUACAAUACUGUUUAUUUCUUUAUAGUACUUUUAAAUUUCACGACAUCAGCAGACGACAAAAGAAGAUGGCUUCGACCUUGGCUACACGUGCAGGAGCGGGGGCAAUAAUCGCUGUUGGUCUUGUGAUUGUGUCUUUCAUCUGGUGGAGGAGGAAGAAAAGAGGUCAAAGUCCCAAGGAUCCCAAACCAUUAACCUCUGAUGGUGUUGUGCAAACAUCAGCAGAUACAACUGUUUCUGCAUCAGGAGAUGCUUCCUGCUCACAGAAGUCAGUCAUCCAAGGCGUCUCUGUUGUCCAGGUCGAAGGCCAGGUGACAGAAGUUGGGGAUAACAACAUGCCUGAUAAUUACGUUUGUGAAAAUGGUGUGUGUAGGCUUGUGCAAGAGCCAUUGAAGACUAAGAGUAAGCAAAAAGUCAGGUUUGAUCCCCUGGCUGAGGCUGUGACUAAAUCCUUAACUGAGUUUUUUGAAGGUCGAGCUGAACCAGGAAAUGGAACAGGAGACAAUGAUAACAUGGGAGAACCAAACAUUUCAGAAAUUGACAGGAAAGAAUUGCACCAGUUUAAAGAAGAAAAAGAUGCCUUAAAAUGUACACAGCCUGAACAGGAAGAAUUUGUUAAAGGUGAAUCUGUAAGUAGGACAGUGUGUGUAGAGCCAGUGAUACAGCCUAGUGAAGGAACUAAUGUUAAAAGUCAAGCAUCAUCAGAUACACAACACGGUCAAGAGUUAGAAAGAGUCAUUACCGGUCAAAGGUCAUCACAGAGGGAUGAACAGUCAGAAGAUGCACAGGAAAACGGUCAAGUUCAGAGGUCACCAGAGAAGAAUGAUGAGCCAGAAAAUGUACAGACAAAUGGUGUACCAUGUGAGGAAGAAGAGGAUAAAUGGGAGGUUGGUCGCUAUGAACAGGAUGAUAUAUCUACAGCCAUCCUGGUGUCCCAGAAUUCUCCAGGCAUCUUGUCCGGUAGCAAUGCUGAAAUCCUAGUGGCACUGUUGUCACACCCAGAGACCAAGCUACAGCAAGCUGCACUUAAUGGUAUCAAGAAGAGCUCAACCUUCAUCCGUAAUCAGAAUUUAUUUCGUGAACAUGGCUGCCUGGAGAAGCUAAGUAAAUUGCUCCGAUCCCAGAGUAUGUCCUUGAGACUUGGGGUCAAGUCGUCACAGGAAGUCGUCAGCUCAGUGGCUACUGCCAUCACCAAUUUGUCAGCCAACACAGAAAAUCACAAAAACCUUGAGUCGUGUGUGCCCACCCUGGUGGACCUGACAUUGGAGGAUGAGACUGGAGAGAGUGUCUGUUUGUCGUCCCUUCAGGCCCUCACCAACUUGUCGCUGACAGACCAAUACCAUCGUCACUACACCCGGCUCAUCCAGAAAUUGUAUGACUUGCUGGACACACAGCAUCACAGUAUACAGCUUCAGUCACUAAAGGUUCUCGUCAACCUGUCCUGUAGUACAGAGAUGGUGCCCCAUAUUCUGGCUGCUAAGGCACCAGGCUGCCUAUUGGAGUUGCUGAAACAGGGUUCAGAUGAGACCCUAACCCUGCGCAUGACUACCUUAUUAGCAAACAUAUUACAUACUGUACGGGAGGAGAACAUUUCUGUGUCAUCCCUGCCACCUGACGAUAAGGCUCCUAGCCCAGAGACGAUGUAUGCUGCACUCUACAGUAUGAACAACGUUGGUGCCAUCAAGUCGAAGGUCUUUCUCUUGUGUCGCCACAGGAAUGAGGACAUUAAAGUACAGGCUACAAGGAUCUAUCAGUUAAUUGCUAAGUGAUUAUUGUUGUUAUGUAUCAUCAAGUAAACCAUGUUAUUGAUAAAUAUGCUGCUAUGGUCCAUGUAAAUUGUAACUACUGUAUUCACCAUAAUUAGUUCCCCUUCAUCGAUAAAUGCCCCGCCCACUUUUUCUGAAAGAUUUACCUAUAAAGCAUUUGUUGAGAAAAUCCAACAACUGUAAGAUUCUGAUACACUUUUCUACCUAUCAAGUUACUCCUUCUUGUUUCCCUCAAUGGACCAGAGACAGAGGAUUUAUAAGAAGUGGUUGGGCAUGUGACAUUUUACAUCCAAUCAGGGUUGCCAUGGUGAAAGGCAAGUACAUUACCGCUGCUCUGCCUGACCACCAACACGCUUUGUUACUUAAUCCUGAUUAGUAUCCCUCUUUACAUCUAAAUUCUAAACCCAAGGAGUGCUAAUUAUGAUGAAUAUAGUACAUCUGUAAUAACAAGGAUCACAAUUGUUGAGUAACUUGUGCCUAAAUUGUAAUCACCAAAUAAUUUGUAUCAUAUUUCUGGAACUGUCUCAGAAUUUUUUUUUAAUUCUAGAAUAUCCAGGUAAUUUCAUUAAACAUGUGAUAUUGUAGACUCUGUAAAAACCUGCAAUCAACCCAUGAAUUGGAGAAAAUCUGGGUUUUGAAAAUCAAAUUUCAUUCUUACUAAAGGCUCUCUUCAAUACUCUUGUUAUGGUUCCACCAUUUUUGAGGUAAUAAAAGAUUGGCUGUUUGUAUCAGAAUUCAUUACUUAGAUAGAUGUAGUAAAAUUGUAUAGUAAAACCAUCACUGAGUUACAAACCAGUCUUUAACCAGUUCUAAUUCUGUCAGCAUGUAAACAUUGAUCCAUUUCAUAGUGUUUUCUAGUCAUUACCAAGUAAUUGCCAUAAAUAUUUAAAAGUUGUGUAUUUAGAAUCCCUGUAUACAACAUGUGAAGAUGUCAAUAUCACAUUUCGAAGGUCUGAAAUGACACCUUGAUGCAGGUCUAUGGUUUAAUGUUCUAACAUUUUUUUUUCUCCCUGAGAUAGGGACACAGAUGUGAAUUAAAUCAUUCUGAAUUAAAAAUUAAUGAUUGUUAGAAGUUUGGUAGGAAUCCUGUCAGAUGCAGAGUAAGUGUAAUGUUGGCUCACUCAUGUGUUUUGCCUUUAAACUUCACCUCUGAUGAUAGUGAUAAUCAUUAAAGAUUAUCCUGAACUUGACUUUGAUAGAUGUACCCUCUUGUUUAAGGGUAAGAAUAAAAUGAAGUGGAAAUGUUCUCUUUUGUUUUCUAACUUACAACAAAGUCCAGAAGUUUCCUUUUGUUUUCACUUGAAAUCUACUGGAGUCGAAUUGCCUUUGAGUCUGAAUUAUUUUGGCAGUUUAAGGGUAUAGAUCAAUAAGAUAGGAUUUCUCUCAUAUCCAAUGCCAACUGAUUGGUUGGUAAUUGUUAAUUACAUGUAUCCAAUCUAUCCCUCUAGCAAGUUGUCUCACUACCCAGCUACCACUGAUCUGUAUGUCCUAGCCCCACUAUAGAUCUGUAGGGGCUCUGUAUAUCCAGUCACCAUUAAUCUGUAGGUCACACUAUAUAUCCAGUCACCACUGAUCCCUAGGUCCUAGCCCCACUAUAGAUCUGUAGGUCCCACUUUAUAUCCAGUCACCACUGAUCCCUAGGUCCUAGCCCCACUAUAGAUCUGUAGGUCACACUAUAUAUCCAGUCACCACUGAUCCCUAGGUCCUAGCCCCACUAUAGAUCUGUAGGUCCCACUUUAUAUCCAGUCACCACUGAUCUGUAGGUCCUAGCCCCACUAUAGAUCUGUAGGUCCCACUAUAUAUCCAGUCACCACUGAUCCCUAGGUCCUAGCCCCACUAUAGAUCUGUAGGUCCCACUUUAUAUCCAGUCACCACUGAUCUGUAGGUCCUAGCCCCACUAUAGAUCUGUAGGUCCCACUAUAUAUCCAGUCACCACUGAUCUGUAGGUCCUAACCCCACUAUAGAUCUGUAGGUCCCUCUAUAUAUCCAGUCACCACUGAUCUGUAGGUCCCACUAUAUAUCCAGUCACCACUGAUCUGUAGGUCCUAGCCCCACUAUAGAUCUGUAGGUCCCACUGUAUAUCUAGUCACCACUAAUCUGUAGGUCCUCCACUUACUAUCCUGUUGUCUCACAUCCAGCAUGAUCUAGGCGACAACUUAUCCUUUUUCUGCACAUAAUUGUCCCAAAAACCUGACUGUCUGGUCAAGCCACUACAUUUAAGAUAGUGCUAGAGUACCUGGGUAGCUAGAUUAUUGAGAUUUCACAAUACACCAAACAACAGACCUACUGGAUGUACUGUCUUGGGAAAUUUUUAUGUGUAUAUAAUUUACCUGUAGGAUGUCACAGUGAGUAUAAUGUGAAUCUAUAGGAGAUAUUAUAAAUACAUGUAGUAUAUAAAUAAUCUGUUAAAUCAAUCAUAAUUUGUUGAUUUUGUGGUGGAAUAAAUACUUUGUAUAAAUCAUUGAAGUCGUCAAUAGUCACUCAGUAUAUGUAAACUUGCCGUCCCAAGACAAGAAUAUGAUAUGGUUUUGAAUCAAAACAUACCUGUUAGAUGACUUGAUUAUCACUGGUGAAUUUUUUAGUAGUUUUUGUAUAAAAACCUAAAUUCCAAUCAAAAGCACACAUAUUUUUAAAGACAGUUCUAUUGUGUUGAUUUUGAAGCAUUGGUAUCAUUUUGUUUACCAUUCCAAUUGUAAAACAUCAUUCCUAGUCUUUUGUUGCGAAUUGGUACAGUGCAUUAUUGUUGCAUUGUUGUAGAUCUGAUUUUAUUUCUUUACCUUCUCAAAAUAUAUCUGUAUCUAAAGCAUAAUACAUAUGUGAAUUGUACCUAGUAAUGUAAAGACAUGCUUAUUUACUGGUUUAUAUUUCAAUAUUAGAAAACAAUUGCAUUAUCAGUUUAAGAGUGGUUGAAAAUAACAGUGUCUCAUAUUCAUACAUAUAUUGCGGUACACAAACUUUGUAUACAAAAUGUUAACUGCAAAAAAAACUUAAUUAGCACACUCACAUUUCUGUUAAUCAUCUUUUUAAUUCUGUUUAAUUUUAAUUCAACAUUUUUCAAAUUUGGUCAAAAAUCACUAGAAUAUGACUAUUACGUUAUGUUUAUGUACAGAAAAUACAUUGAAUUAUGAAUUUUUUGUUUUAUAAUUUGUAAUGUAUACACUUAUGUGUAUGUCAGACCGCAAUGCCACAAUUAAUACCAAGAUAGACAUUUACACUAUGUGGCAAUAUAUAUCUAACCCAGAGUUUUAAUUUUGAUCAUCAAAUCAUAUAUUGAGAAAUGAACUGCUGUGAUGUAAGAUAAUGUAUGGUCUCUGGAACUAAUGUCUCAAUUUCAUGAUGAUGUAAAGUUUUAUUACAUGUACCUGUUUUACAUGUACCUCGUUAGUCCCAGAUAAUCAUGCAUACCUUUGUAUAUCAUUACCUCCCCUACCAGAAGGGCAGGUGAGAUUAUGCUGUAUUGCAGCAUCCGUCAUCCACGCAACUUUUUUUUAUUCAAGUUUGCAAAAACAAAUGACCUUGACCCAUAUUCAAGGGGGUCAGAUUUGUUGAAACAAUGAAACUUAUUAUUAUUAAUCAAAAGACCUAGAAUCAAAAAUGAUAUAUGAGAGGUAGGUUUGUGGGAUAAAUCCAGACAGAAUUAAAAAAAAAAAAAGGGGGGGGGGGGAGAGAAGUAAAAAAAAAAAGAAGAAAUUAUAGCUCUAAUUGGUUCAUAUUCAAUGUCACGGGGGUCAAGUCUGUUUUAACACUUAAACUUAUUUUAAUUAAUUGAAAGGUAGAGAAUAUACGAGCAGUGAAUACCAGGUGAGUGACACAGGCCCAUUGGGCCUCUUGUUAACAAUUAAUUAUGUGUUUCUUAGAAAAACAUAAUCAUAUAUUUGAGAUUUAUUUUGCAAAGAAAGAUGUGUCCAGAUAAAUUGACUAAAUGAUUAUUGGCAGAAACCAUGUUUUGUAGUGAUGCUGAAUAUAUUUAGAAAUUAUCAAUUCAGUUUGAAAUGUUUGUUAAUGUUGAAGUAAAGAUUACAGAAUGUAUUGCAGUGAUUUUCAGAAUAGUUUAAUGAAGUUGUGAAGCUGGUUAUAAAUACUUAUUGUACAUACUCUUCCUGAUUAUGAAAUAGUUUUAUGAAAUUGAAGUAUUUAAAAGAAUGUUAUAACUUCAAAAAAAUGUUAAUAGAUUUUUAGAUUGCAUACUUAAGUAAUGUUUGUUAUAUCAUUGGAUCAACUUUCACCUCAUAUGAAAAUUGUUUUCAGUUUUUUACUGGAGCUUGUUUUCUUGUAAUUAAAAAGUAAAUACUGAAGAUACUCCAGUAAAGACUGGCAGACUACUAAUGAAUACAUGUUAUACAUCUUUUUAUAAAGUUCUUUUUCACUUAAUUUGAAACUGAUUUUUUAAUGCAGCGAUUAGAGAUUGAAAACAGUUUUAGAAAUAUUAUUUAUAUAUUAGUUCCUACUCAGUAUCAAAGACCGACUGAUACAUCUAAAAGUAGAUUGCAGAUUCUUUUUAUGAAAAUCCUUUCUAACAUAUGUUCAAUACUAUUAAUCUGUGCCAAAUUGCUAUGGGAAUUACAAGACCUUCAAUUAAAUGAUUUCUUAUCUAUAUACAAUAAAAGAUAUCCAUAUAUAUGUACAUUGACUCAUAUUAGUGAUAUAUGCAAACAUGAAACUGAUGUUUUCAUUAUUGAUGUCAUUAUAUUGGCUUAAAGUGAGGCUAAGUGGUAUGCUCCUUUUUCCUGGCUGAACAGAUUUUAUCAAUAUCCAAACUCACAUUUCGACAUAAUACCACAAAAUUUUUCUAUGUGACUUGAUACAUUUUAAAUGAUCUUUCUGCAAAGUGCUAACAAAAGAUGAAAAGAAAACCGAUUGAAUAUUUGCAUAUCUUCCAAUCAUGGAAAGAUGAGCGAUAAAAGUUGUUAUAUAAAACUUUAUAUAGUGCAGGUUGUUUUGUUGCAAGAAGAAAGUAGAGGCAGUGUGAUGAUAGCUAUGUACAUGUAGAAUUGUGUGAGGAUCAAUUGAAAGGUUGGUUGGAAGAGGCCAUUUAAUCUGUUUAUUUUUGUUUUGACUUGUUUUUUGCUAACAAUUAUGUAUUGGAUUGUUUGAUUAAAAACGAUUUAAAAAAUGUGAAA